AUGGUGAAGAAAGAGGAGGAAUCCGGUAGCGGAACCAGAGAGAAGAACGGUGCCGCUUCUUCUGGUGGCGGCGGUGGUCGUUACGUCGACACUUCGAAGGCGCUCAACCCUAUAUGGUUGAUGAAAUGUCCGCCGGUUGUCGCUCAAUCCUUGCGUGCCCUACCGUCCUCCUCCGAUCCCUCUCUUCCCGGUGCUAAAGUCAUCGUCUCUGUCGAUCCUCUCAAACCCGAAGAUCAUCCAUCCGAGUUUACAAUGGAGUUGGGUGGAGGUGAAGGUAAUGCAUCAAGAUGUUUUGCUAUGGACAUGUCUAAAGACUUCAUGCCUAUGUCUGUCUUUUCUGACUCAACACAAGGAAAAGUAUCAGUGGAGGGGAAAAUAGUGAGCAAGAUUGACAUGAGGUCGGAUAAUCAAAAUCUUGAUGUCUACGGGAAAAUCUGCCGUGAAAGGACACAGAAAUAUACGGUCAAAAAUAGACAGAUACAGAUCAUUGACAAUGAUAAUGGAGCUCACAUGAGGCCAAUGCCAGGGAUGAUCAGUUUUUCAGUUGCUGGACCCGUUGCUGAAAAGAAGAAAGCACCAGCACGAGGAACAGAGACGAAGAGAACUAGAAGAGACCGUGGAGAAAUGGAAGAGAUUAUAUUUAAGCUAUUUGAAAGGCAGCCGAAUUGGAGUUUAAGAAACCUCAUACAAGAAACCGACCAACCUGAACAAUUUUUGAAAGAUAUACUGAAAGAUCUUUGUGUCUACAACAACAAAGGAACUAAUCAAGGCACCUAUGAACUGAAGCCUGAAUACAGAAAAUCUGGUGAUUAG